CUCUCGAGCUAAGUUCCUUCUAAAAAGAAAAGAACUCUCUAUCGAGUGAGAAAAAAGGGGUUUUUGUUCAUAAGCGGCGUAUCUCAGCCUUCAUUUCUUGUUUCGCGAUCGAAACGUAACGCAUCACAUUCAAUGGAUUCGUAUCAGCAACAACCUCACGGUGGUGGUUACAUGAGACCACCACCUCCGCCACACACGGCGGAUCCUCACCAACAACAACAUCACCAGUUUCAUCAAAUCCCGCCUCCUCCUCCUCCACAAGGUCCCUGGUUCACCCCUCAAUUUCAGUACCAAACCCCCUCACCUCCGCAACAGUGGCCUCCACCGCCAGCUCCGGCGCCUCCUCCGCAGUCGAAUCCAUAUGCAUAUCAUCCUAAUCAGUUUCCUCCACCUCCGGCGCCACCUCCUCCUCAUCAUGCUCGUCCUCCUCCGCCGCAGUUUCAGCCUCACUCUCACCUUCCUCAGCCUUAUCCUCAGGAAUGGAACAACAACCCUGGCUGGCCACAGAAUCAAGCAUAUCCAGCCCAUACGAACGAAGAAGAUUGGGCUGCCAAGGCCAGAGCAUGGGCUGAUGCUAAGUCCGCAAUGGAUAAUCAGCAUCCACAACCACAUUAUUCGCCUGCUGGAAGAUUGCCAGAGCAAACCCAUUAUCAUGAUCCAUAUCAGCAAUCUGUAGACCCACGUUAUACCGAUGUUCAAAACCAUUCUCAUUCAUCAUCAGGCUAUCAACAAUUUUCCUUCGUAGAUCCAUCUAUGCAGCGAAAUUCAGGACAUUCCCAGGAGGCUCCAUCUGCCAGUUUAGAGGCAGCUUAUACUUCAGAUGGACAUUCAUACAGUACCAGAGACGGGACCAGCGUCGGGGAUCCAAAUGCUUCGUUUGAACAAGCAAACUUGCCUACAAAUCCAUCAGUUCAUCCGCAGGAGGUACCUUCUAGUUAUAGUUCUGUUGCAGGUAAAGAGGCAGCUGAUCAGGCUCAACAAUCGUAUGCAAUGAUGUCUUUGCCAAGUUCCUCAUCUCAAGAACAAUACCAUGUGCAACCAUCAAUGCAUGCACCAUCGUUUGCAUCUCACAGCCAUUCUGUUGACUCGUCUAUCAAUCUUGCAGAUCAACCUUUAAAUUUUGCACCUACGUUUAGUCGUGACAGUGACCUGCAAAUGCAAUCAACUUAUAAUCAUCAUGAUUCUGCUUCUUCAAUGAAUAACUGGGGGGCUCCAGUGGCACCUGGUGUUGUUUAUCCACCAAUACAUCCAAGUCAUCCCUCAGGGCCACAGCAUGACCCUUCUAUUACUACUCCUGGUCAUGUAGCAGCACCAUAUGGAAGGUUUCCUGGACCUGGUCACCCUCCAACGAUUCCAACGAAUGGUGCACCCUAUUCCCUUAACACAGCAGCUACAAUUCAUCCUACUGCAGCUUUUUCUGCUGAUGCAUAUGGUGUUUCUGGUGUUCCUGAACGUCCCAAGAAGGCGUCAGUCCCUAACUGGCUUAGAGAGGAAAUAAAGAAAACAGUCAUCACUGCUCCUUCUGCCGAUCAUCCAAAAGUGGAAGAAACACUUGGGGUUGAUGGCAUUGAUAAAUCAUAUGUGAAGGCUGAUGAUGAGACAGACAGUAAAAGUAUUGAUUCGUCUAGAUCAGCUGAGGAUGAAGAGGAGGAAGAGGUUGAAGUAGCUAGAACUGCAGCAAUCAACCAAGAAAUAAAAAAAAUUCUUACUGAAGUUCUUUUGAAGGUUACUGAUGAAUUGUUUGAUGAAAUUGCAACCAAAGUUCUCAGUGAAGACGAUCUGACUGCUGAAGUGGGUUAUAAUGUUAGCACUUCAAACCAUAAGGCAUCAAUCUCUCCACCCUCUGCACCGGUUCCUAAGGCAACUGCUAAAGUUUUAGUUCCAGUUAAAGCAAAGGAAACAGAGAAUGAUGGUGCCAAUGAAAAAUCUAAUUCCAGCUCUCCUGGAGAUGUUUUAGGUCUUGGAAAUUAUGGUUCUGAUGCCGAUGAUGAAAUUGAGAGUUCCACUGUGCCUGCUCCUGCAAAAGAUGAUGCGUAUAUGGUGAAUAAUACAGCCAAAACCAACUCAUCGCUAUCGAGAAAUAGCAAUGGUGCUGCCAUUGAUCAAUCACACGAUGCUAAGAUGACCAAAGAAUCUGAUUCCAAUGUAGUUUCUAAAGAUGCUAGGGAUAAUGGGCUUGAUGAAAUUGAAAGAAGCCAUAAUAGGUUUAAUGGUUUUAGCUCGAAAGACAUGUCAGGGGUGCCAAGAGCUGAAUUGCGUGAACAGAAUGGCGUAGAGAAAGCAACGGAUGACCAUCUAGGUAAGGAAAGCAGAAGAAAAUCAGAAAAAAAUGACCGACAUGACAAGAGUUCUUCCGAGAAGGAUUUUAAGGAGGUAAAAAGUAGUCAUAAGACCAGGCCAGAUGAAAAAGGUGAUGAGAGCAAAAGAAGAAAGGAUGAAAGAAAUCAGAAAAAGGAACAAACAGAUUACAUCAGUGAGUCAAAAGAAAGAGUGAAGGAGCAGAAUGAUAGGCAUGGGGAGAAGGCAAAGGAAUCAGAAUCAAGGAAAAGGUCCUCCCAUGUUGAUGUCAAGGAUGAUAGGAAGGGAGCAGAAAAGGCUCAUAGAGGUAGUACCACCGAAGAUACUAGCCGGAAAAAGGAACAUACAAAGGAUAAGGGGGAGAAUAAAUCUAGGCGAAGAGAAGCUAGUGACCACAAUAGGCACAAAAGAAGACGAUCAUCGUCAGUAAGCAGUAGAGGUAGAACCAGCAAGGAUCAUAAUCAUGCCGAUGAUUCAAGUGGUGAAGGCUCAGAAGGCUCAAAAAGGAAGCUGCGUUCGAAGAAACGUGACUUGUCACCAUCUCCAGUCAGGUCUAAACGAAGACAAGUUUCGCGGUCUCCUCAUAGCAAGCGUUCUCAUCGCGGGCAUUCUCCCUAUUCUUCUCUUGAUAAUUCCAGGGUAAGAAGGUCAAGAUCCAAAUCACCAGUUCGGAAGCAUAGGUCAAGAUCCAGAUCACCUGUUCGGAAGCAUAGGUCAAGAUCCAGAUCACCUGUUCGGAAGCAUAAGUCAAGAUCCAGAUCACCUGUUCGGAAGCAUAGAUCAAGAUCAAAAUCACCUGUUCGGAAGCAUAAGUCAAGAUCACCUGUUCGGAAGCAUAGGUCAAGAUCCAGAUCACCUGUUCGGCAGCAUAGGUCAAGAUCCAGAUCACCUGUUCGGCGGCAUAGGUGAACGGCGAGGACAGCUGUUAAUGACAGUUGUUGAUGCUUCUACCGGGUUCGUACAAGAGAACAUAGUUAUGGAAGAUAGGCUAAGGUUGUUAUGCAUGGUCUUCGGAAGGACUAUCGUUGGGGAUCUAUUAAGAAGUGACGACUUGCCCUAUUUUUGUAGGUUCAAGAUAGAGAUACAGUUGCUUUCCUGAUCUGCUACUCUUCUUUGGGAAGAACUGGUAUAAAAUUCCGGUAGAGUUGGAUAUGUGUGGAAUAUGUUUUGAUUUGAUGUAAAAAAACUUGACGGUUCCAAGCUAUAUCUUUUUGAUAGAAUUCUGUUGUGUAUUUAAGUUCCACCGAUAUUAAAAUCCCCACUGACAAAUUUAAUAGAUGAGAUAGUAAUCCAAAUUUUGCCUAUUC